AUGGAACAAUUAUCAAUGGGGCCGGAAACGCAGAGCCGACCAUUCGGCUUUCAAAACGCCGCAGGCGCUAGCGACCGCACGAAAACUGUGCCAUUCAACGCGCUGACAUUAACAAUGUUGAUGGGCAAAGUUCUUUGCCGUGUGACUCCACGUCAGCUAAUGGCAUCGCGACUGAUCGCCAGCACGAUGUCUCGACCUGCUGUUAAGACACCGAUUCAAGAAUGGGGAUGGGCGUAUCUGCAGCGCCAGAAAGCUCUCGGACGCCCCAUUGCUCCACAUCUCACCGUUUAUAAGCCCCAGCUUACCUGGGCG